AAAACAUUUACAUUUCAUUUGAGUUUCAUUUCACUCUCUCCUCAUCUCUCUCCUCUUCAUCUCUCUCUUCCUCUAUCUCUCCGAGAAUGAGAGAUUUCAAUUUCAAUUAGCAGCUAUCAAGAUUCAACCUUUUCAGAUCGGAGAGACUGAAACCGAUACAUACAUAUCUAACACGUAUAUAGAGAGAUGGUGUCGUCGUACGGAGAUCUGGACAGACAGAUCGAGCAAUUGAUGGAGUGCAAGCCUCUCUCGGAAGGCGAUGUGAAGAUACUAUGCGAUAAAGCGAGGGCGAUUCUCGUGGAGGAAUGGAAUGUGCAGCCGGUUAAGUGUCCGGUCACUGUUUGCGGUGAUAUUCACGGUCAAUUUUACGAUUUACUCGAGCUGUUUAAGAUCGGGGGAAGCUCUCCCGAUACGAAUUAUCUUUUUAUGGGCGAUUAUGUGGAUCGCGGGUACUACUCGGUAGAGACUGUCACUCUCUUGGUAGCGCUGAAAGUUCGAUACAGAGACAGGCUUACAAUCCUCAGAGGAAAUCAUGAAAGCCGACAAAUCACUCAAGUGUAUGGUUUUUAUGAUGAAUGCUUGCGGAAGUAUGGAAAUGCGAAUGUGUGGAAAUAUUUCACCGACCUUUUUGAUUAUCUACCUCUUACUGCACUUAUAGAGAGUCAGAUAUUCUGUUUGCAUGGAGGACUUUCACCGUCUCUGGACACCUUAGAUAAUAUCAGAUCAUUGGACCGUAUACAAGAGGUUCCACAUGAAGGACCAAUGUGCGAUCUUUUAUGGUCUGAUCCAGAUGACCGGUGUGGCUGGGGAAUUUCUCCGCGUGGAGCUGGUUAUACCUUUGGACAGGAUAUAGCAGCUCAGUUCAACCACACUAAUGGGCUAUCUUUGAUUUCUCGAGCCCAUCAGUUAGUGAUGGAAGGUUUUAACUGGUGUCAGGAAAAGAAUGUGGUAACUGUAUUUAGUGCUCCAAACUACUGUUACCGGUGUGGUAAUAUGGCAGCAAUUCUGGAAAUUGGCGAGAACAUGGAUCAAAAUUUCCUUCAAUUUGAUCCUGCACCUCGGCAGAUUGAGCCUGACACCACCCGUAAGACUCCUGAUUACUUUUUGUAAGCUUGUUGAGGUACUAGCCUUCAUGUCGAUCUCAGACCCCAAUGUGAUUUUGUUCGAGCAUGUUCUUUUAUUGGGAAUCUGCUGCUGAUGCUUCAUUCAAGAAAAUCAUCGGAGACUGGACAGAAGGCACCAGCCAUUUUGUUAUGUAUAUUGUCCAAGAUUACAUAAAAUGUUGUGUUCUGUAAUUUUUACAUUAGGAAUCAGAUUUCACCUUGGAUUUUGUUCUUUCAACAUUUUGCAUUGAAGUUCUAUAAUUUUGACCUGGUGAUUAUGUACAUGCUUAUAUUGAGCACCUACAGGUUUUGUUAACUUCUUAACUAAAAUGUAUUCCACACAUGAAUAUUCAGGUUC